GGUGUACUUUAUGCUCGCUCCGUUUUCCUGCCUCCUUUUUGUUCAGAUUUACGCCGGAUAACUGAGGUAUUCUUUCACCUAAUAAUGAAUGAAAAUAUGCUCCAAAAGAAUAAGAAAAAAACAGUGAAUAUUCUCGAUUGCGUUCGUGCAAACGUCGCGGCGCCGGCGCCAGUAUUGAUUUGGUUUACAGCAUGAGUUUGUGUGUGUGACGCUUACCGACAGGAGGUUGAUGCCGUCCUCAACAUCCACAGCUCAAGAUGCCAAACCAUAAAGACAAUAAUAUUUAGGAUUAAGUAAAGCACUCGAACCGAGAUGGCAAACACGGCCCAUUUAGUACGUAGACAGAGCUCCCGCGACCUAAACCCCCAACGUUCGGUAGACCGGCUCGAAUUGCGGGAAAUGCGAGGCCGUUUAGUGGUGGAAAACGGCACCACAGCCACCUACGGCACUGCAAACGCCGCCUUCGAGGACUCCAGCCCCAACACUAAGAUCAAGUCCAGCUGCAGCAGCAAACGCGGCUCCCAGGACGGAAAAGCCAUUUUCCGGCCCGAGUCCGGCGAAGACGAGCGCGAGUCCUGGGACAGCAAGCUGACUUUCCUCCUGGCGACCGUGGGCUACGCCGUGGGGCUGGGCAACGUCUGGAGGUUCCCCUACUUGGCGCAGAAGAACGGGGGCGGCGCCUUCCUCAUCCCUUAUUUCGUGAUGUUGGCGGUUGAAGGCAUCCCGAUUUUUUAUCUGGAGCUGGCUAUCGGCCAGAGGCUGAGAAAGGGGGCCAUCGGUGUCUGGAAUCAAGUGUCGCCCUUUCUGUCCGGAAUUGGGAUAAGCAGUGCAGUGGUGUCGUUCAACGUGGCGCUUUAUUACAACACGAUAAUUGCCUGGUGUUUGUUUUAUUUCGUGCAGAGUUUCCAAUCGCAACUGCCGUGGGCUGAGUGCCCCAAGGUGUAUUUCCCUAAUGGCUCCUACACUUCCGAACCGGAAUGUGUGGUCAGCAGCCCCACGCAGUACUUCUGGUACCGCACGACCCUAAUGAUCUCUGACGACAUCAACAGUCCGGAAGCUUUCAACUGGAAGAUUGCUCUGGCUUUGGUCGUGGCCUGGAUACUAGUUUACAUGUGCAUGAUCAAAGGAAUUGCCUCUUCAGGGAAAGUCGUUUACGUGACGGCGACCUUCCCUUACAUCGUCCUUAUAAUCUUCUUUUUUCGCGGGAUAACGCUGAAGGGUGCCGGCGAUGGCCUAAGACAUCUGUUUACGCCCUCCUGGCACAAGAUACUGGAACCGGUGGUUUGGCUGGAGGCUGGCACUCAAAUUUUCUUCUCCUUGGGACUUGCAUUUGGAGGCCUUAUCGCGUUUUCUUCGUAUAAUCCUGUUAAUAAUAAUUGUUAUAGAGACGCCUUGAUGGUGUCUCUAACGAACUGUUUUACUUCGAUGUUUGCUGGAAUUGUGGUUUUUUCCAUCAUUGGGUUCAAAGCUACGAUGGUUUAUGACAAGUGCAUGAGCACGAGGAAUAGCACUCUUGCUGCACUGUUUGGCAACAACGAUUUUGACGAAAGUAGACUACCUCCGAAAGGGACAGUUUUCAAUGUUUCGGGCGAAGAUGGCUCGAUUGUUAGCGUUGUGAUGCCUUUACUGCCAGUAUGUGACUUAGACAAAGAACUGGACAAUUCAGCCUCUGGUACAGGAUUAGCUUUUAUAAUAUUUACAGAAGCAAUAAAUCAAUUUCCCGGCGCCCAAUUCUGGUCUGUUCUUUUCUUCCUGAUGCUGUUCACAUUGGGAAUUGAUUCGCAGUUCGGGACGUUGGAGGGAGUCGUCACGUCCAUUGUGGACUUGAAACUAUUUCCAAACUUGCCGAAAGAGAUACUGACUGGUGGAAUUUGUUUAACCUGUUGCCUUAUUUCAAUGGCGUUUGCUCAUGGGGCCGGAAGUUACAUUUUUGUGCUUUUUGAUGGCUACAGCGGGAACUUUCCGCUACUAAUCAUAGCUUUGUUCGAAUGCAUUGGGGUAGCGUACGUAUACGGGUUAAAAAGAUUUGCCGACGACAUUGAAAUGAUGACAGGACAACGUCCGGCCCUUUAUUGGCUAUUAUGUUGGAAGUACUUAUCGCCGUUGGCGAUGAUGUCCAUUCUCGUGUCCAGUUUUAUCGAAAUUGCUGUUGACGGCUCCAAGUAUGAUGCCUGGGUUGCCUCCAAGGGGGAGACGGAAAAACACGAUUGGCCUAUUUGGUCGGUUGUUCUUAUUCUGGUUCUAGUUUUCAGUUCCAUUGCCUGGAUUCCUGGCGCUGCUAUUGCCAGAUUGUUUGGAACAGUUCUAAUCGAUGAUAAUGAAAAGGCGUGGUUUCCAGCCAACGAUUUGAAGGAGUUUCACGGUAUUAUGCCGCAUGAAGUGUCCAAAGCUGAAACUCUGUUAUUUUGCAUACACGCUGACGGAACCGAAGGGCUUUGCUGUCCAACGAAGUACACAAAUGACGAUGACGAAGACCUUGACUAAAGUUCAAGACUUAGCAUUAACCAAUAUUUAUGAACAUUCCAUAUCACGUAUUCGUAUACUCAUAUCAUUUUUCCUUAGGAUUGAAAUUGGUCUUAUUUUUUAAACGAAUUUUGUCAAUUUCAGCCGAAAAGAGACAAUAAAUUUUAGGACAAUAGUUGACUGAAAAAGACUAGAAAAUGAACGUGUUCAAACCAAAUUUUGAUUUGUUCGAACUAAAAUGUGAUAUAUUUGCACAAAUGUUGUUUUGUCACGCAGCGAAUGACAGACUCGUCUUUGCAACCAUUCGGCUCUUUGAUUUUUUAUCCACAAUCUUGUGCUAACGACAUAUCCUUCAGUAAAUCAGAGCGAAACUCCACGCCAUUUAGAGUCUGUCCUAAGUCUAGUCAAUUUGAAAUAAUUAGACAAUAAUAGUUGGUAAGAAUAUCGAUGUGUAGCUCAAUGUGAUUAGUUGAUUUGUUGCUCUUUGUUGUUAACCCGGCAGGUUUGUAAAUUCUUGGCCGGUUUUAAAGUAAUGUAUGACAAUAAUUACACUUAUGAUGCAUAAAUAUCUGUGUUACGAGAUAAAAAUUAUUUUAUUUAUUGCUAUGCCGCUAGUCCUUGUUGAAUACGUAAUCAUGAUGAAUUGUAUAAAUGUAUAAAAGUAUGUAAAUACAAAUCUGUUGAAAUGUGGAAAAUAAAAUCUGAACUGUAAAUCAA